AUAAAUUGGAACUUCCAGAAGAAGAAGAGCUUGGAGACGAAUUAGUUUCAGAUUCAUUGAGUUCAUCAGAGACUUUCUGUUUGAUAUUUGACCAUAUAGUGAUGAUCCCCAUGAAUAACACUGGACCAAUAAGCAAAAAAAAUGCGGUCAAUGCCAAAAAUGGCAUGCUUCCAGAAGAGUUGAGCAAUGACAAACUGGACAUGAUUAGGCGUAGUAAUUUUAUUAAGAAAUCUUAUUGGUGA